CCGAAUCGAAACACAAUGAGGAACGCCACCAAGUCUGAAUCUGAAUACGUGCUGGACUACGAGUACUACUACGAUUACGUGGACCCAGUCUUUGUGAACGCCACUGCACUGAAGUACAACAGAUAUUCAGUUGUGCUGAUAUUCUGGAUCAUUCUAGCUGCGUUUAUUGGCUUCUUCUUCUUGAUUUUGUCACUUAUAUCACACACAGGGCAACUACCAAGGGGUCCUCGUGUCAAAAAAUCAGGUUUGCCGUUGAUGAAAAGCUAUGGAUCUCCUCAGAAAAGAUACAAAUAAGAAGCAACUUCAU